AUGCAGAAUAAGCUUGCUGUGAUUGGUGGACUGGAUUCUCUUACUUUUCUUGAUAUGGCAAUUGUUUUGGAUACCAAUACGAUUCCUCAGCUCUCGUAUAGCCCCAUUCCAGUGAUGAAGGAUAAAACUCCAGGUCUUCCCUUCUACCAAAUGGUUCUUAAGGAAGACCUUCAAUAUGAAGGGAUUCUGUCUCUACUUUUACACUACAAAUGGAUAUGGAUUGGAGUGGUGGUUAUGGAUACUGACAAUGGAGAAAGAUUUGUACAAACAGUGAUGCCCAUGUUUUUUCAAAAGGGCAUUUGUUUUGCAUUCAUACAAAAAAUCCCUGUUAUAACUUUUAUUACUAAUAUAUCAGAAAUAUUUCAUAAAGGGAAGAAGAUUUAUGAUAUAGUAACACAUAGUACACUUGUGGAUGAAAUGGAGGAACCUCCUUGCACUGGAGAUGAACAACUGGAGAACCUCUCUUACACCUAUUUUGAAAUGAGCAUGUCUAGCCAUAGCUACAGUGUCCACAAUGCUGUUUUUGCUAUAUCCCAUGCUUUACAUGCUAUGCAUAUAACUGGAUUCAAACACAGGACAAAGAUAGAGGGUCAACUGAUGCUACAUAAUCAACCAUUUUGGCAGCUCCAUCCAUUUUUGAGACAGGUCACAUUUAAUAAUAGUAUUGGGGACAAGAUCACCUUUGACCAAGAUGGAAAGUUAAUGGAUGGGUUUGAUAUAAUCAAUUUUAUUCUUUCUGAAAACCAGUCAAAAGUGAAAAUUGGAAAGAUAAACCCUCAGUCUCCUGCACAUCAAACAUUCAUAAUUGAGGAAGAUGCCAUAAAAUGGAACAGCUGGUUUAACCAGACUGCUCCUGUUUCCCUAUAUACAACUAGAUGUAAUCCAGGUUCCAGAAAGCAAGUAAUGGAAGGGAAGCUAUUUUGCUGCUACUCUUGCAUCUCAUGUCCAGAAGGGAAGAUUGCAGAAAAGGAAGCUUGCCAUGCUUAUGUACUCAGAUAUUAUGUCUGUGAUCCACAACCUCCAGUUCAUAAGUAUUAUAAGCUUGGAGAUCUCAUCAUUGGUGCUGUUGUUUCUCUGACUUUUAUUGUUUCUGAUCCCCUGACUUUUGAUGUAGAACCUCCACCAGUGGUAUACCAAGAUCUUAGCAUCCUGACUAAGCAUUAUCAGCAUAUCCUGGCUUUGGCAUUUGCAGUAAAGGAAAUAAAUGAAAAUUUCCAGUUGCUACCUAAUUUUUCCUUGGGUUUCCACAUCUAUGACAGCUAUUUCAAUGCAAAGAGAACAUAUCGUGCCACAAUACAGCUAAUGUCAGAUAGAUUCAUUCCCAAUUAUAAAUGUGGUAUCCAAAAUAACUUAAUAGUAGUCAUUGGAGGACUUGAUGCCGAAACUUCCUUUCAUAUAGCAAAUAUUUUGGAUAUCUAUAAAAUUCCACAGGUUAUGGGUUUAAAUCCUAGCUUCCUCUUGCUGUCCAUGACUUUCUGUGAGCCAUUUUUGGCAGAGAAGAUCAUUUAUGGAUCAGCUCCAGAGAUGAAUGAUAAAACUCCAGGCCUGUCUUUCUACCAAAUGGCCCCUAAAGAUGAUCUUCAGCAUGUUGGAAUCCUCUCUCUGCUUCUCUAUUUCUCAUGGACAUGGAUUGGGAUCCUUGCUAUGGACGAUGACAGAGGAGAAAGAUUUGUGCAUGCUGUUAUUCCAGCAUUUUCUAAUCAAGGCAUCUGCUUUGCCUUCAUAGAAAUGUUCCCUAGAAUAAAUUACUCUGCAGAACAUGAAAACAUGUUAAUUCAAGAAGCAAAAAUUUACGAAGUUGUCAUGGCCAGCAAAGCCAAUAUAGUGGUGUACUAUGGAGUAUCUUAUUCUGUUUUGUUUUUGAUAUGGUUUCCCUACAUUUCUGAAUUUGGAGUACAAAAAUCAUAUAUAAAUCAAUUAAAAGGUAAAGUAUGGGUAAUGACUACUCAGAUGGAGCUCAGUGUUUUGAACUAUCAAAGGACCUGGAGUUUAAAAUUAUUACAUGGUGCUCUGUCCUUUACAAUUCACACCAAAGAACUUCAUGGGUUUCAAGAUUUCAUUCAAAGUCAGAAGCCAUUUAGUAACAAAGAGGAUGGCUUUCUGCUGGACUUCUGGCAACAUGUCUUUAACUGUGCAUUUCCAAAUAGAAUUCAGGAUAAAGUUGUAGGACUCAUUUGCACAGGCAAGGAGAACCUGCAGAAUGUUCCUGGCCCUUUUUUUGAAAUUAAUACGAUUGGCCAUAGCUACAGUAUAUAUAAUGCUGUCUAUAGUGUGGCCUAUGCCUUGCAUGCCAUGACUGCAUCAAGGCUCAGACAAAAAGCAAGAAGAAUUGAAUUUUCCUUUUCAAUCCAGCUUCAUCACUUUCUCAGAAGUGUCUCAUUCAACAACAGUGCUGGAGAUGAUAUCUCCUUUGAUGAGAAUAGGAGGUUAUUAGUUGGAAUGGACCUUAUCAACUGGAUUACUUCCUCAAAUCUAUCCUUUCGUAGAAAGAAAAUUGGCAAAAUGGCUCGAGAAACUACUGUAGGAGAAACAUUGACCAUCAGUAAAGAUGCCAUAGUAUGGCACAGCUGGUUUAACCAAGUCCAGCCAACCUCAAUAUGUACUGAACAUUGCCAAUCUGGUACUAGCAAGAAAGUAAAGGAAGGGAAGCCAUUCUGUUGCUAUGAGUGCAUUCCAUGUCCAGAUGGAAAGAUUUCAGACAAGGAAGAUAUAAGAGAUUGCUAUAUCUGCAGAAAUGAAUUCUAUCCAAAUAAAAACAAAAAUUUAUGUCUGCCCAGAUAUGUAAGUUUCUUAUCUUAUGAAGAACCUCUUGGGAUUGGUUUUUCUUUCUUUGCUCUUUUCUUUUCUUUGAUUACAGCUCUGGUGCUGGGAAUAUUUCUAAAGCAUCACAACAGCCCAAUUGUUGUAGCCAAUAAUCGAAACCUCACUUACACACUUCUGGUGUCCCUCCUGCACUGCUUCUUUUGUGUGUACUUGUUCAUUGGCCGUCCUAAGCAGGUGACCUGUCUUAUCCGACAAACUGCUUUUGGCAUCAUCUUCUCAGUUGUAGUUUCUUGUGUGCUGGCAAAGACUAUCACAGUAGUUUUGGCAUUCUUAGCCACCCAUCCUGGAUCCAAGAUGAGGAGGUGGGUGGGGACAAGACUGACCAAUUCGGUCCUUUUUUUCUGCUCUCUGAUUCAGGCAAGCAUUUGCAUUUCAUGGAUGUGGACCUCUCCACCUUUUGUAGAAGUUGAUACGCAUUCCGUGAAUGAAGAAAUCAUACUGCGGUGCAAUGAGGGGUCAAUGGUCAUGUUUUAUUGUGUCCUGGGAUACCUGGGCUUUCUGGCUAUUAUCAGCUUUUCUGUGGCUUUUCUUGCCAGGAAGUUACCUGACACUUUCAAUGAAGCCAAAUUCAUCACAUUCAGUAUGUUGGUAUUUUGCAGCGUGUGGUUGUCUUUUGUUCCAACCUAUCUGAGCACCAAAGGAAAAUACAUGGUUGCUGUGGAAAUCUUCUCCAUCUUUGCUUCUAGUGCUGGUUUGUUGGGAUUUAUUUUUUUCCCCAAAAGUUAUAUUAUUCUCUUGAGGCCAGAGCUGAACAAGAGAGAACAAUUGAUAAGAAGGAAGUGCUGA